ACACACACACACACAGCAGCUCGAGCUCCUGACUUCGUUUUGCGCCGAACCCUGUGUUAGCUUAGAGAUCUCACACACACACACACACACACACACACACACACACACAGAACCCAGGUAAAUUAGAUACUUAUUUGCGCGCAUUUUCUGGUUUUCUGAAGAGCCUGAAGAAAGAGGAAAAGUUUUCUUCUCCCCAAGCAGACUAACGGAGGAGGAGGAAGAGGAAGGAUGGAGAGUGUGCGCGUGCUGCUGUGCUCCGUGUUGCUCGUGCUGCUGAGCUGUUGGCUUUUCCCGGUGGCCGAAGCUUCCCGCAUGAAGUCCGGGGCCGCGCUGCCCAUCCAGCCCGAGAGAGAACCGGUUCCGUCCAAAGGAGUGUCCGGAUGUUCGUUCGGAGGAAGGUUCUAUUCUCUGGAGGACACGUGGCAUCCAGACCUCGGGGACCCUUUUGGUGUUAUGCACUGCGUCAUGUGCCACUGUGAACCGCAGAGGAGUCGACGAGGAAAAGUGUUUGGGAAGGUGAGCUGUAAGAACAUAAAGCAGGACUGUCCCGAAACCAACUGUGAUGAGCCGGUCCUGGUGCCGGGACACUGCUGUAAAACAUGUCCGAAAGGUGAAUCAGACAGGAAGUCCACAGAGACACUCUUCGAUGGUUUUGAGUUUUUCCAGGAGAAAGACGACGACCUUCACAAGUCCUACAAUGACAGAUCCUAUCUCAGCUCAGAACACAUGAACGGGGGAGACAGCAAGACAGAUUACGUGGCGCUGUUGACCGGCAUGACCGAGUCGUGGUUGCCGAGUUCCAGUGGAGUCGCACGCGCUCGCUUCACACUGACCAAGACCAACCUGGCCUUCUCCAUCACAUACCAGAGGAUAAACCGACCAAGUGUCAUCACAUUUCUUGACUUGGAGGGAAACACUGCGUUCGAGUUUAGAGUUCCACAAGGCGACUCAGACAUGAUCUGUGGAGUCUGGAGAAACCUGCCCAAGUCUCACAUGCGUCAACUUCAGGACGAGCAGCUCCGUGUGUCUGUGGUGGUGACAGAGGGCAGACGAGAGGAGAUUCAGGGCAAAAUCAUUAAACACAGAGCUCUGUUUGCAGAGACGUUCAGUGCCACGCUGACAUCGGAGGAGGAGAAUUCUGGGAUGGGAGGAAUCGCCAUGGUAACGCUGAGCGACACAGAGAAUAAUCUGCACUUUAUCCUGCUCAUGAGGGGCGUGGUGCAGGCUCCGGAGAGUGCGUUGCUGCUCGUGCCCAUCCGAGUCAGACUGCAGUACCGACAACACACACUGCGGGAGAUCCACGCUAAUGUCACUGCUCAUGACGCCGACUUUGCGGAGGUUCUCUCAGACCUGAACAGUCGUGAGCUCUUCUGGCUCUCCCGUGGCCAGCUGCAGAUCGUCGUGGAAACGUUAGGUCGUGACCCCAAACACAUCUCAGGCUACAUCACCGGCAAGAGAUCAUGUGACACACUACAGAGUGUGAUGUCCAGUGGAGACGCUUUGGUCCCUGGAAAAACAGGCGGAGUCGGGUCAGCCAUCUUUAAUUUCCAUGACAACGGCACUCUUGACUAUCAGGUCCAGGUGGAGGGUGUGUCCAGCGCUGUGGUGGGCGUGACCAUCGAGAUGAAGCCCCGGAGGCGGAGCAAGCGCAGCGUGUUAUACGAUGUGACGAGUGAGUUUGUGGCGAGCAGACGAGGCGGGCGGGCCACGGGGUCCUACGGGCGCAUGGAGGCGCGGCACAUUCACAUGCUGCUGCAGAAUGAGCUGUUUAUCAACAUCGCAACUACGGAGAACCCUGAGGGGGAACUGAGGGGGCAGAUUCGCACUCUGCUCUACAACGGCCUGGAGGCACACAGACAGGAGCUCCCGUUCCCUCUGGCUGGUCAGUUUGUGUCUCCGGCUGUGAGGACAGGAGCAGGAGGGCAUGCGUGGGUGACAGUGGAUAAACACUGCCACCUGCAUUAUGAGAUCGUAGUGAACGGUUUGGGGAAAGGAGACGAGGCCACCAUGAACGCUCACCUGCACGGCCUGGCCGAGAUCGGAGAAAUGGACGAGUCGGCGCACGCUGGACCCAAACGCCUGCUCACCGGGUUCUACGGAGAACAGGCUCAGGGGGUUUUAAAGGAUCUUAGUGUUGAGUUGUUGCAGCAUUUGGAUAAAGGCACUGCGUUCCUCCAAGUCAGCACCAAGAUGAAUCCCCGGGGAGAGAUACGGGGGCGAAUCCACGUCCCAAACAGCUGUGAGCAGGGCUCCCGAGCCGAGGCCGUGGUGGACGAGGUGGAGUUUGACGACGUAGUGUUCGUCCGUGACCCUGAAGCCUUCAAGAAAGACCCUCUGGCGUGUUUCUUUGAAGGUGAACGUCACACUCACGGUUCGCGCUGGACGCCGCAUUACAACUCCUGCUUCACCUGCACCUGCCAGAAGAAGACAGUUAUCUGUGACCCGGUCAUGUGUCCUGCGCUGACGUGUCCUCACACCUACCAGCCGGAGGACAAGUGCUGCCCCGAGUGUGAUGAGAGAAAAGUUCCGAAGGAGAUCACAUCUGCAGAGAAAGUUGAGGAGCAUCCAGAAGGGUGUUAUUUUGAAGGUGAUCAGAAAAUGCACGCACCUGGAACCGUGUGGCAUCCGUUUGUACCUCCUUUCGGCUACAUCAAGUGUGCCGUGUGCACCUGCAAGGGCUCUACUGGAGAAGUUCACUGCGAGAAAGUCACCUGUCCUCUGCUCACCUGCAGCCGACCAAUCAGACGCAACCCCUCGGACUGCUGUAAGGAGUGUCCGGCUGAGGACAUGCCCCUUUUAGAGGAGGGUGAAAUGAUGCAGGGUGACGGGCCGAGACACUGCAAGUUCGGCAAGAAUUACUAUCAGAACAGUGAGAACUGGCAUCCUCGAGUCCCACUGGUUGGAGAGAUGAAGUGCAUCACAUGUUGGUGUGACCACGGAGUCACAAAGUGUCAGAGGAAACAAUGUCCACUACUGAGCUGCAGCAACAUCACACGGAGAGAGGGGAAGUGCUGUCCUGAGUGUGCAGAUGUUUUCACUAAAGAGGAAGAAAUGAUUAAGAUGGAGGAGAAAAAGAAAAGCUGGAGGCACUGACCCGUAUGUCCUCCUAAAAAUUUUUAAUCCUCAGCCCUAUCUGUCCAUCCAUCUGUUUGUCCGUCUGUCUGUCCGUCCCUCUCUCGAGUGGGCCGCUGGCGAACUGGUCGAGAAGCGACAGAAACAGGAGCGGAGAAAAAGAUUAAAGGGAAAACCUGGAAAUAAACAAGCAAGUGAGGAAGAAUGAGGGCCUUUGAGGGAGAAAAGAAAGAUGUGGAAGAAAGGAAAGAAAGAAGGCAAAAAGGACGAAGCUGCUGCACUGGAUACAGUUCCUCCGUGACUUUUUAAAAAUGUAGAAUUUUUUUUUUGCUUUAUUUUUGUACUCCUUUUUGUUGGACUUGAAGCAAACUUCAGAACAGAGACACACAUGCUAUACAUUUUCUUGACGAUGGGUGGUAUGGUGUGUGUGUGUGUGUGUGUGUGUGUGUGUGUGUGUGUGUGUGUGUGUGUGUGUGUGUGUGUGUGUGUUAAACUGCAAAGUGCAGGCAGCCGUAAACUCAUUGGGUGGCAAUGAGUGAAUGUAAAACCCACACAUGCAGCCCCCCACACACACACAUAUAAACAUACAAACACACACAAACACACACACACACACACACACACACACACACAUAUAAACAUACAAACACACACAAACACACACACACACACACACACACAUAUGCUUCCACAGCUCUAAUAUACUUUCAUAAACAGCAUUAUACUGUGCUUCUACAGUUUAUUCGAAUAUUCUACCUUAUUUGAAUAUGCAAAUUUCACUUCUCAGUCAAUAAGCCUUGACGUCUCAUUUGAUGAAAGUGCCUAAUAGAAGAUUUUGCUUCUCCAGUGGAAAGGAUUGACUAAUUAAAGGGCGGAGCUUUUUCAUAUUAGCUCCACCCAUAUGUGUUGCACCUGAUGUUAUCUGUCUGUUUGUUUGUUUGUUUGUUUUUUUAAUCCCUAUUUUAAUAUUUUAUAAAAUUUGCCAUCUGAUUAUUAUGAUGAAUGUUGUAUUUCAUAUUUAUUGA